AUGAGUCCUCCUCCUCCACAGCGGUCUUCUUCCACAGAGCAGCUGAUCCCAAUGUGAGGAACGUUUUCGUCUUUCCAUCAAAUAUCUGCUAUGUCUGGUUCAUUCGCGCGAAGUACUCAGAUUGUCUCAAAGUCUCGUGGGAUCUUUCACGUCUCCAAUCGCUAGCACUGCCCAUUCGCUCGUCUUCAAAGUCCAUUCCAAUGUGUAAGUUCUUGUCGGAUUUCGGCUUCCUGUCGCAUCUUCAGACAUCACCGUGAUGUUGCCGUCAAAAUCAUCAACAGAAAAGCACUGCCCCCUACAAUAGUGGACAAAUUCCUUCCGCGUGAGAUAGAGAUCACAAUCCAAGUAAAUCAUUCUUACUAAGAUUUGGAGCUUCUAUUGAUUUGAGGUACGACAUCCCCACUUAUCGCGUUGCAUUUCGGUGAUGCAGCCGAUUCCUUCGAAAAUUGUUAUCGUUUCUGACUUCUAUGAGCGGGGCACUCUUCUCGAGCUCAUACUCAAGGAGCAACGCAUCAAAGGUACCGGAAGACUAAUUUCGGAAAAAAGCAGCCAUUUAUAGAGAUUCCACUGGCCGUCACGAUGUUUCGGCAGCUCAUUGAGGCCGUUCACUACUUACAUCAAAGAAAUAUAACGCAUCGGUUUGUAUCAAUUACCAGGGAAUUCUCAGCUCACAGUGAGACUUCUGAGACCAUGUUCUUUAGGCGUAUUUUUUCACGCUGAUUCCAAAUCUGUUCUCAAAAGUUGCCAUAUAGAUCUGUGAAAAAAGUUGGGACUCUCAAAAGUGAAAAUUUUCAGUGUCAAUGAUUGAGCUCAUUUUUAGAUGGCGUCUAGUCCUUGUUCCACUGGUCACAAAAAAUAAAAUAAAAAAGAAGCUUGGAGCCCAGAUAUGAUUUUUCAAAGAUUAUAAUGGAAGUCAAGCGCGGUGUGCUGCGGUUCGGCGGCAGCGAGGAGCAGAGGGAAGACGGCGAAAUGGUAGAAAUGAGGUCACAGGUUCGGUCCCCACGCUGUGCCAACUUUUUUGCAGUUUUUUCUUUUUUGGAUACUUUCUUGUAAGGGCCCUUUUUCGAAUAAUUGAGAGCCUUUAACUUUUUCAAAGAUCUUUAUGACAACUUUUGAGGACAGAUUUGGAAUCAGCGGGAAAAAUUACAUCUAGAAAACAAGGCCUCAUUCAGAAGUCUCACUGCGAGAUGAGAUCAUUCCCUGGUAAGUUAAUGAGCGCUGCUCAGGGAUAUAAAAUUGGAAAACAUUCUCCUCGAUGGAAAUGGUGACCUCAAACUCACUGAUUUCGGUUUCGCGCGUUGUGUUCAGCGUAGAGAGAGGUUCAACUUCAGGAUCAUUUUUCGCAAUCGAACCGAGUUGCAGAUCGAGGUCGUUCUGCGGAACUCGUCCUUACUCGUGCCCUCAAAUAUGUCAGUACAAAACAUACGACACGUUCGCUGCUGACUAUUAUGCUUGUGGCAUUGUUUUGUUCACGAUGGUAGUUGGAAAGUGGCCGGUGAUUUCGAAGUUUGCGGGGAAGAGGCCCUUUUCGGUUGCAGGACCAAACGCCUUCUACGCAUGUUGCUUUUCCCGAUGAUUUGCCGUCUGUCCCAUGCCGCCGACUGAUUAUUUCUUUGCUCGAAGAGGUUGAAAUUUGAAAAAUAAUAUGAUUCGUUCAUAGAAUGCUCAGAUUAUUGCUGAAGACGUUUUUUUCAAUGUUAUUGGUAUUUGAAAAUAGUGUAUUAUAUUGUAACUCUAAAAUAUGUAAAGUGUAAAUCUCCAAAAGCUGAAAAAAAGUUAACAAAAACUUUCAAAAAUAAAACGAUUUCCAGGACGAGUUACUCCGAGCAGGCUACGAUGAAUGUCUCAAUUCGGAAUGGAUGAGUCAUCAAUCCAACUGGGUCUUUGCCGAUCAUUCUUUCGUAUAUGAAAAAGUCACCAAAAGUCCCCUACAUUCACCCUCUGGAAGUGACGUCUCAACUUAUAUGAACAUUUCAAGAUAA